CCUUUAAGCUACUCUUCUCCUCCAUUUUUCCUCACCAAACCCACCUCAACUUUCACCAUGGACGACUCCAAAAUUCUCGACAACGAUAGAAUCGACAAGAUGGAUCGCGGGUUUGUCAACGAUCUCGACGAAUUUCGCAAUUUCAGUGGUAAAAAUGAUGUGAAUUUGGGUGGGUUCGCCAAUGUGCUUAAACUCUUUCUGCUAAAAAAUGUUGGCCAUGGAGUUGAUACGCUUUUCUUAGCUCGAAAAUUCCGAGAAACAAACACUCGGAGAACUUGCAGUUGCGGCCGGCUUUGGGAUGGGAAUGGAAAUGGGGUUGAAGAAAGAAGAAAGAAGUCUGAGUUUUCUUCGCAAAACAACCAAAAGGUAUGUGAAGAACCCGAAAUUAAGGCAUCUCAACCAAGUUUAUUUCGAUAUGGUAGUACCAGUCAAAGGAAGGAGGACUACAUCAAUGUGUCAAAGGGGCUCUAUCAUGAAUUCCCUCUAAACUUCAUCACUUUCUUAGCAAUUUUGCUGAUGAAAUCAUUAGGGUUUCAAAUUAAUCUUCUGGUUACCUUCCUUAAAUUUCCACUCUAUCUAUCAUACUUCUGGUUCAUGUUGAUGAUGUUUCCAUUCCAAACUUUAAAGCAUAUUAGAAGUUAUCUGAUGAAAAAAGUUACUAGAAUGUGGGAUACUUUAUCUACUAGUGUUACUUCCUUUGUAUUUGUGCGCAUAAACGCGCCAAAAUCAGUGGUGAAGAUGGCAGUGAGGAUGAGCAGGGCGUUUUUAUGCUCAAUCUAUGUCUGCUGUGUGCUAAUCGGAUUACUGGUUUCGGGUUUUCUGAUGGGGAUUUUGUUGAUGCGAACUAUAGUCGAGGAGCCGGUUCAGGCAACGAGGACACUAAAUUUUGAUUACACAAAAGCCAGUCCGGUUGCUUUUGUCCCAAUGAUAUCUCAAAAUUUGCCAUUAGACUUGGUUGCGGGAGACGAAGAUGUCAAGAAUGUUCAAGCUCGUGCCAUUCCAUACAACCAUAAUUUGCAGCUCACUGUCUCAUUGACACUGCCUGAAUCCGAAUACAAUCAGAAGCUCGGGGUUUUUCAGGUAAAGGUGGAGUUCUUGUCCACAAAUGGCGAGGUCACUGCAACACAAAGCCAUCCAUGCAUUCUGAGGUACAAAAGCCAACCAAUCCGCCAUAUCCAAACCUUCAUCAUGGCCGGUCCUCUUCUCGCUGGCUUCGAGUCUGAAUCCCAAACUCUGAACAUAAAAAUGGCCGAAUUCACCGAAGGCCUUGAGCCAACUGCCUGCCUGAAGGUGUCCCUGGUGCAGCGCGCAGAAUUCCAACCUGGCGCCGGUAUCCCUGAGAUUCAUGCAGCAACAGUAGCCCUUGAGUCUGAGCUCCCUCAACUGAAAAGGGUGAUUUGGAUUUGGAGGAGGACUAUUCUUGUAUGGGCAAGUUUUGUGUUAUUCUUGAUGGAGUUGGUUCUUAUGCUGGUCAUCUACAGGCCUAUUAUCAUUCCAAGGGGAAGGCAGCAGCAGGCGAGAUUGGUAGGCAUUAAAGAAGAUUGUCAGCCAAAAGCCAUCGCCUGGUAUAAGGGCAUGGUGUUGAUGAUGAUCAUGGCUUGACUUAUAAAUCAAUAUAUAUUGAUGAAUAUGAUUAUAUAAGUUGAAGAAUAAGGUGAAGGGUUGAAGUCAAUAUUCAGUGAAUUAAUGGGGUUUUACUUCCAACCAUAUUUUAUGUGAAUGAUAAUCAUAAAAUGUUAGUAAAAAUAAGGUUACUUCAUUGAUGUUCAGGUUUGUAUUGAUAUGGUAAAUUGUACCCAAUAUGUUAACCUCUAUGGCUAUUUCUUGUGUGGAGACUGGAGACUUGUGUCACAAG